AUGCCCGUUCUCGCCCAAUCAGCAAGCUCUUCGACUCCCGAUUCUCGUCCCAAGCCCUCCACUUCGACCGCUCGUCGUCUUCCCUCCGCCUCUCCAGCCAGUCCAGCCGACCCUCCCCCUCCCGCCGCCGACGCCGCGAACCCGACUCCGUCCUAUCUCGCAUCGUUCGGCAACUACAUUGCCCCCUUCUUGCGGAGACGAACCUCGUCGUCGAGUUACAUGCCGUCUCCCCCGCCUGCUGCGGACCAACCUGCGGCAGGACCUUCGAACGCUUCGACUACCGCCAAUGCGGCAGCCUCGACUUCCCGCGCCGAAGCUUCAACUUCGACCGCUGCGAACGGUGCAGCUGCCUCUGCACGAGCCGCGUCAGGGCUUCGCGCGGUCGGCACGCCAGCGAGCGACCACGACGUGAUCGACUUGACUACCUCUUCUCCGCCUCGCCGACACCGCCAUCUCGUCCCAGCUGUUCGAGCAUCCGGUCUCGCUUUCCCAGGCGUGCCAGGUCCGAGCAACGCCGGUGCGAGCACGAGCGCGGCUGGAGCGGCUGCUGGGCCGUCGAAUGCUCCUCGUCCGCCUCGACGUGCGCGGCGGUCGGUCGUCUUUGUGAGCGACGGCGACGACACAGACGACGCCGACUAUCGACCUCGUAACCAACCGCAACGGACUGCCGCAGACACCGACGAUGAUUCGGACAUUGAGAUUGUCAGCGAACGAGCUGCCGAGCCUUUCCCCCGCAUCCACUCGCCUCCGCCUUACAUCGUCCCUCCCAAUGCGACUGCCACGACUUCCGUCGCAGGGCGCGGGCGAGGCCCGCAGCUACGACGCUCGACUCGGGUCGCUCAGCCUGCCAACCAUGCGGACGCAGACGAUGCAGACGCGAGUGCGGCACGACGACUAGCGGCAGAAUAUGCGGCAGAGGGAGGCGUGCCGGGCGAUUACCUCGCUGCGCAAGCGCGAGCGAUGGACCAGGCUCGAGCGGGACCUGCGCCCGGUCUUGCUGGACGAGGGUUUGGCGGAAUCUUCUCGCCUGCGCUUGGCGGCGGCGUUGGCGCAGGAGGUGCGAGACACGACCCCUUCGCCGGCAUCAUGGACAGGCAGGGGCUGCUAGCGCUUCUCGGAGGUGGAUUGGGCGGGUUUUGGGGAGGCGGGCAUUUCGGUCACUUCGGCGCUGCCGCUCUGUAUGGUCAGCCGGCUGCUCAGAUCAACGGCGGAUGGGGAGGCGCGGCCAAGGUUCGCGCGGCGAGCAAAAAGUACGGCGUACGGAUGAGCCAUCCUCGACCCGUCGAAAAGGGCUUCUCGCGCGACAUUAUCGAGCCUCGCGACCCGGACACGGCCGAGCCGCCUGCGAAGCGCGUCAAGGGUAAAGGCAAGGCGAAGGCGCCGCCGGAGGAGAUGCAACCCGUGUGCGCGUCCUGCCUCGACCCGUUGUUGCUCGGCGGCGAGGGCGACAAGAAGGUCUUUGCGCUCCGGUGUGGGCACGUCGUCUGCGCCAAGUGUCUCGGCGAGGCCAAGGCGCGGUGCCAGGAGAUCAGGGAGCGGGAGAAGGGCGGAUGGGUGAUGGACGUCGACGAGAGUGACGGCGGGGCCGGGAAGGGCAAGGGCAGGGCGAGGGAACCGCUCCUCCUCUCCGACGACGACGAUGACGACUUGUACGGCGACGCCGAUGACGACGACUUCUACCUUUCCGACGAGAUGCCGCCCGCCCGCUCCAGCAAGUCUUCCUCGAAGCGAUCGUCGAAGAAGGACAAGGGCAAGGGGAAAGCCACAGCCGCAUCUUCAAGCAAGCUCAAAGGCAAGGGCAAGUCGCGCGCCGACGAGACGGGCGUCGAGGAGCUGUGGACGACUUGUCCCGUCUCGACGUGUGACGGGAACGGGACGGACCUGCUCGCCACGGAGGGCUGGUCGAGGCCGUACGAACUGUUUGCGUGA